AUGGAAAUACAGAGGAAUACCGUGCCACAGCCGAGCAACAGUAACAUGUGUGAGUCCACACAGAGGUCCUGCGAACCUCGCAGGAAGAGAGCGGAUGACCGCGGUGUGCCUUCAGAGAUGGCCAGAAUAAUCACCGACCCUGUCACUGGAAAGUGCUACUGCCGUGGAAAAGUUUUGGGAAAGGGAGGUUUUGCUAAAUGCUAUGAGAUGACCGACCUCUCCACCAGCAAAGUUUACGCGGCCAAAAUCAUCCCCCAUACGCGCGUCUCCAAACCUCACCAACGGGAAAAGAUUGACAGAGAAAUUGAGCUGCACAGAGCACUGCAUCAUAAACACAUUGUGCACUUUUAUCACCAUUUCGAGGACAAGGAAAACAUCUACAUUCUUUUGGAAUACUGCAGUAGAAAAUCAUUAGCCCAUAUCCUGAAGGCACGGAAAGUGUUAACUGAGCCAGAGGUCCGUUAUUACCUAAGACAGAUUGUGUCUGGGCUGAAGUACCUGCAUGAACAAGAGAUCCUACAUAGAGACUUGAAACUGGGUAACUUCUUUGUGAGUGACACUAUGGAACUGAAGGUUGGGGACUUUGGUCUGGCUGCCAAGCUGGAGCCAGCGGGAAACAGGAGGAAGACAAUCUGCGGGACUCCCAACUACCUGUCACCUGAGGUGCUCAACAAGCAAGGCCACGGCUGUGAAUCAGACAUCUGGGCCCUGGGCUGUGUCAUGUACACAAUGCUGCUGGGCAGACCUCCAUUUGAGACCACCAACCUGAAGGAGACAUACAGGUGUAUUAGAGAGGCACGGUACUCCCUGCCUUCUUCCCUAUCGCCACAGGCCAAGCAGCUCAUCGCCAACCUGCUGGCAAAGACGCCUGAGGACAGACCCCAUCUAGAUCACAUUCUGAGGCACGACUUCUUCACUCAGGGCUUCAGUCCAGAGCGUCUGCCUCCUAGUUGUUGCCAUUCUGCACCAGAUUUCCACGUCUCCAGUCCUGCCAAGAGCUUCUUCAAGAAAGCUGCGGCUGCGCUGUUUGGUGGGAAGCGGGACAAGGUCAAAUACUACGAGACUCUCAAUAAGCUAACCAAAGAGGAAGAGGAGAUCUACAAACUGCAGCAUGACUUGAAGAGAACUGUCAUCAGCCAACAACAGAGCAAACAGCUGGCUGAGAAAGGAAGGCCGCUUCCGCCAUCUGCUGAAAACCCUGUUGCUCCGGCAACGGAGAGCCAGUCCUCGACAACGCGAGAUACCAUCCGUCUGAUCGUGAGGGGCAGUCUGGGGAGCUGCAGCAGCAGCAGCGAAUGCCUGGAAGACAGCACCACAGGAAGCGUAGCUGAUACCGUUGCAAGUGUCUUACGAGGGUGUCUAGAGAAUAUGCCUAAAGCGGAUGACAUUCCCAAAGGAUCAGGCAGCUGUAACCUUCAGUGGGUGACCAAAUGGGUGGACUACUCCAACAAGUACGGCUUUGGCUACCAGUUGUCUGAUCACACCGUGGGCGUCCUCUUCAACAAUGGCACCCACAUGAGCCUCCUGCCAGACAGAAAGACCAUCCAUUACUAUGCUGAGUUGGGCCAUUGCUCUGUGUUCCCAACCUGUGAGGUUCCUGAACACUUUGUGGGUCAAGUGACUGUGCUCAAGUACUUUUCCCACUACAUGGAGGAGAAUCUUAUGGAUGGUGGGGAUCUGGUUAGUAUGACAGAUGCACACAUGCCCAGACUCUACCUGCUACAGUGGCUCAAGUCCGACCGCGCCCUCAUGAUGCUCUUUAACAAUGGCACCUUUCAGGUCAACUUUUACCACGACCACACCAAGAUCAUCCUGUGCUGUCAAAAGGAGGACUACAUGCUGACGUACAUCAAUGAGGACCGCGUCUCCAAAACCUUCAAGCUCAACUCCCUGCUGACAUCUGGCUGCCCCACAGACCUGCGUGAGCGCAUGGAGUACUCCCUCAAUAUGCUGCUGCAGAGAUGCAGCUAAACCCAGAAUAAUGUGUUGAGGACACUUCAUAGAGACGGUCCUGUUCGUCUUACUACUGCAGUGCUGCAGUGGAGUCAGGAGCUGGAAGGAACUGUGUGGCAGAGAGGCUUUGAAGAUGGACUUAAGCAAAGAAACACCUAAGAUUCACUCCUACACCUCUGCAUCUUCAUGACUCAGCAGAGGUGAAAAAAAUAUGGACAGACUAUGGACAGGAAAAUGAAAAUGUGUGUAGCACAAUGAUGGUGGAUGAAAAAGGGCUUUAUUGUAUGUUGAUCAUGGGAGGAGAGAGAGAACUGGACAUGUUGGAGUGAGUGUGUAGGUACGACUGCGAACCCCAUAUGUUUGGGACAGAGAGGGAUGGUUGGUAUGUGAAGAGAAAAACUGGGCUGGCACCCAGAUGACUUGUUUAUAAAACUGUGGAUCCUCUUGUUGUUUGUAAAGUAAAUCCACAAAGGGCUGAUGCUCAGAGUAUAAUCGGAGCAAGGCUUUGGAAUAUUGUAAAUGACGUAUACUGUGUGCACAGCCAGCUCUGCAGUGCAGACACAGAGGCUGCCUAUGUGUGUGGAAACUGGUCCGUCAAAGGAUAUGUAAGGGGGUUAAAAUCUCUAACUUUAAAACUGUGAUUCAUUCUCUUUACUGACAUAUGGACUCAGCCCAGUGAGCUGAGAAAAGGUGGAAUGAGAGAGAGAGAACGGGAUCAGGAGAAGAGAAUGACUUAAAAAAACAAACAAACAAAAAAAACUAAUAGUACUGCAAGUCCAUUAAGAACCCCUCCAGAGCCAUCAUCACCUGAGUAGAAAAUGCCCUAAAUAACUUAUUGUGUACAAAGUGCAAUAUUUAUUUAUUUAAUAAUAAAACACAUUUUCUAAAAAAAAAAA